CAACACCAACGGCGCACCAGCUUCCCUCCUUCCCCAGCUUUCCUUCCCCGUUUCUUCCCGGCCGUGACAUGCACGGCUUGACAUAGACGACCUCUGCCAGUCCUCUCCACCGAGAAUCCAACCCAACCCCCACACACAUAUAAAGCCGGGGCCUGCGCUGCGAUAUAUUGCAAGCGAGACACGCAGACCUUGCUACAUAGAGGAGGUCCGGGGUCCAAAUCGAACUGUAUAUGGCGCUGAGUGCUUACGCGAUGGAGAGCGCGGGUCUGGGUGUGCGGUACUUUGAGUGGCUCAGGCCGCGGUCACCGCGGGCAUCCUCGCCGUCAUCGAUGCCAUCCUCGCUCUCGUCGCCGUCGAGUGACUGCCUGGUGCCCGGUGAAGAUCAUCGAAGCACCAUGCUGUGUCUGCCGCUCCUCGGCAGGGUCGGGGCUGGGGAGGAGACGACGAGCGGCGGCACCCCUGUUGGCGCGCAGACAAGUCCUAUCAAAGAAGAGCUGAGCGGUAUUACGGAGGACGCCGGUGUUGACCUGAACAUCGGCUUGCCGGCCGGUGGCGGCUAUUGUUCUGAAGAAGAGGUGCCGCCCAUGGCCAUGUCCAUGGACGAGGACGAGGAGGAGGAGGAGGUCGAAACGGAGGAUGAAGAGAAGCCAAGGUACGAGAGGUUCAAGGUGGAAACAGGCGUGCAAGUUGAACAUAGUGAGAUUCUGGUGGAGUCAGUGGAGGGAUCAGACCGCGUAUCCAUAGGCCGCGAAGAGACCAGCGGCUGCCGCCACCGGCGGUUCUGGAUCCCGACGCCGGCGCAGAUACUCAUCGGCGCCGUGCAGUUCGUCUGCCACGUCUGCAGCAAGACCUUCAAUAGAUACAACAACAUGCAGAUGCACAUGUGGGGCCACGGGCGGGAGUACCGGAAGGGCCCGGAUUCGCUCAAGGGCGCGGCGGGGCAGUCGACCCACGCGGCGGCGCUGGCGCUGCUGCGGCUGCCGUGCUACUGCUGCGCGGCUGGGUGCCGGAACAACGUGGCCCACCCGCGGGCGCGGCCGCUCAAGGACUUCCGCACGCUGCAGACGCACUACCGGCGCAAGCACGGCGCCAAGCCCUUCGCCUGCCGCCGCUGCGCCAAGCCCUUCGCCGUCAAGGGCGACUGGCGCACGCACGAGAAGAACUGCGGCAAGCGCUGGUUCUGCGCCUGCGGCUCCGACUUCAAGCACAAGCGCUCCCUCAACGACCACGUCCGCUCCUUCGGCGGCGGCCACCGCCCCGUAGCCCCCGCCGACGCGGCGGCCGCGCCCGCGCCGACGCAGCAGCGCAGGGAGCGCAUCAUACGGUUCGACUAGUGCCACGGUGCCCGUGCGUGAGCUUGACAGAUCAAUUGACAGGGUUUAUUAAUUAAUUCUUGAUCGAACAUUAGCUAGUUUUGCGUACAUGCGAUUGGUAUAUGCUCCGUAGACGUGUAUGUACGUAGAAGGCUGGAACAAGGAGCACACAAACCCGUGUUUAUACAGUAAUAAGAUCAUAGAGGUUUGCGGUGUAGAUGAUAGCUAGGCUGUGAAGUAGCCGAAUUUUCUUCUGGAGGAGCUGCAGAUACAGGUAGCUUGCGAGGGAGAAAAUUUGUCAGCUUCACAGACCAAUAUUCUUCUGGCAGAUAUAUAGUAUGUAUCAAAUGUACAAGCAUGCAUGAUUUCAAAUUGUAUGUGAUUAAUUAGAUGGACUAUCAGUUGUUAAAAAAGUCUGACCAGUUGAUAAUUAUUUAGUGAUGGCGUGCCCCUUUUCUUGUUUUUCAUGAA